AUGACAUUUGUGAAGAACGAGCUGAAGAUGUUCAAGAGGAUUCUUAGUCCAGAUCUCCCAGAAGGCUUUGAGAACCAGAAGGAGCUUGCUGACACGCUGGAGAAAUAUUCAGAUGAGCUUGCUGUGAUUUGCCAACGUGAACUCAAAUCUAAUCUAAAGAAGAAGUUUCAAUGUGUAUUUGAGGGGAUCGCUAAACAAGGAAACCCAACACUUCUCAAUAAGAUCUACACAGAGCUCUACAUCACAGAGGGUGGAACAGGAGAGGUCAAUAAUGAACAUGAGCUGAGACAGAUUGAGACAACRACCAGGAAACAAGCAAGACCAGAGACUGCAAUCAAAUGUAGCGACAUCUUCAAACCCUUAACUGGACAAGACAAACUUAUCAGAAGUGUGCUGACAAAGGGAGUCGCUGGCAUUGGAAAAACAGUCUCUGUGCAGAAGUUCAUUCUGGACUGGGCUGAAGGAAAAUCAAAUCAGGAUUUCCAAUUUGUAUUUUCAUUCCCUUUUCGGGAGCUGAAUUUGAUGAAAGAGGACAAACACACUUUCAUUGAACUUCUUAAUCACUUCUCAAUGGAAACCAAACAAUCAGGAAUCUCCAUCUACAACAAGUACAAAGUUCUGUUCAUCUUUGAUGGUCUGGAUGAGUGCCGACUGCCCYUAGACUUCCAGAAGAACAAGAUCUGUCGUGACGUCACAGAGUCAACCUCAGUGGAUGUUCUGCUGACAAAUCUCAUCAAGGGAAAUCUGCUUCCCUCUGCUCUCAUCUGGAUAACUACCCGACCUGCAGCAGCCAAUAAGAUCCCUUCAGGGUGUGUGGACCAGACGGUCCCGCUGGUGAAGAACCCGGAUGUGGAGGUCACAUGUGGCUGGGGUUGA